UCUCCAAAUCAAAGAUGUCAUUCCAGAACGUCCUCAGAACCCUCAAUACUGUCAAAAGAACACCCGUCAGACCCUAUCAAGAAUUCAUAGAAUUAAUUUCUAAAACCCCAGAAACUGCAACUUCAAAACCCCUCAAUACCACAAUCAUAUCCCUCCUCUCCAAGCUCAAACCCAACUUUCUCAACCUCAUUCUCUCAGACCCCAAAUUCAAAUGCUCCAAAUGCUUGCUUUUCUUCAACUUCCUCCUAAAAAACCAGUCCUUUAUCUCAUUCAAGAUUGACCUCCAUGCCCACUUAACCCUCAUUUGCAGGCUUCUCAAGGCAAGAAAGUUCACUGAAGCUGAGGAAAUUUUCAAAUGUAUCUCAGUUGAUGAAAAUUCCAGGUACCCUUUUUCUGUUAUUGCUUCUGCUGCUGAAAUUUGCUGUCUUGAACCUAGAGUCAAAGCGAAAUUGUUCAAUUUGAUGAUUAAAGUUUAUUCGGAUAGUGAAAGUUUCAAGCAAGUUUUGGAGACUCUUGAUUUUAUGAAGAGUAAUGGGAUUCAGAUUGAUGAGAGGACUUGUACUGUGCAUUUGCUUGCUCUCAACAGGAGAGAUGAGGUGCAAAAGGGUUUAGAUUUCUUUUAUCGAUUGCUCGAAUCGGGCACUAAGGUCUCAGUAUAUUCUUUGACAGUUAUGGUAGAUGGGCUGUGUAGGAGUGGGGAGAUUAAAAGGAGUAGAGAGUUAGUGGAGGAAAUGGUGAGUGUAGGAACUAAACCCAAUAUCAUUACAUUCAACACAAUUGUGGAUGCUUGUGCUAAGAGAUGGAACUUUCCAGAGUUGGAUCUGAUAUUGCUUGUGAUGGAAAAGGAAGGAGUGGCAUUCGAUAUCAAGACGUAUCAGUUCUUGAUUGAUGGGUUCACGAGUUCUGGAAAGGUUGAAGAAGCUGAAAGGUUGGUUGGGGAGAUGCAUGAUAAAGGAUUGAAAGUGAACACGCAUUCAUACAAUUUGAUAAUAAAUGGCUAUUGUAGAUUGGGGUCUAUGGAAAGUGCUCAUUCUUUAUUUCGUAAGAUGGCUGAGAGAUGUACAUUCCAGAAUGCUGAUACGUACUGGGCUCUAAUAAAUGGUUUUUGCAAGGUUGGGGCGCUGGGGCUGGCAAUGGAAUAUUUAAAUGAGAUGCAGAAGAAGGGGAUUGAAUUGGACAAUGUUAUCUUGAAUAUAUUGAUUGAUGGUCUUUGCAACAAAGGGAUGGCUGAUGAAGCUUUUCAGUUGCAGGCAUUGAUGGUGAAAAAAGCUUUUAAUGCUGAUUUGUCUGGGUGUAAAGAGACAGUAAAUGGAUUAUCUAAAUUGAAUCAGGCUGAGGAAGCAAAUGAGGAUGCCGGACCUAAUUAGUCAGACAGGUGCAACAACUUAAAAUAGGGAGCUCCUCUACUUUGCCAAUAUAUGAAGAAAAUUGGGGAAAGCUAUCAUUCAAGGAAGAGAUGAGAUGACAGGGGGCUAGGGGGAGGAAAAUGGGAGAAUGAAGCUCAGAAGUUCAGUGAGGGGUGAAGACUAAGGAUCAUGCUUGAUCCAGACCAUGAUUUCAAUAUCUGUGAGAGACAUUCUUUUUUAGCGGCUUUUAUUCUAAUUGUGGUCAUCAUAUCUGCUUGUGACAGCUCCAAAGAAGAAGAGUUCUUAAGAGUAACUUCUUCUGUGUGAUUACAGUUAGCAGCUGCAAUUUCGAUUCGGCAAUAUAUGGGAGAACAAGUUAAUUUACCCAUAAAAUGGCCCACUGUAAAAUUAAAGCUGCAAUGAAUAUGUCCCCUGUCCUUGGCUGUUUUAUUGGGUUACAAAGUCUGGAUGGCUGGAAAGAAAGUGAUUCGAACUCAAAUUGAAUGAUGAGCAGUGAACUGUGGUCUGCCAUUUAGUUCAUGGUAGUUCAUGGAGGUUUACAAAUUUUCUUGGGGAAAUUUACGAUUUUUUCUGUUGAAGGAUUGUACACCUUUAGGAUUUGAUCUGAACACUAUACUAUCACCAAUGAAAGGAUUUCUUCUAAAGUUAUACA